AUGGAGGGAAGCGAGCCCCGCAGCGGAGGCAGCGCCCCGCCGCCGCACCACAGCGACUGGAGCCGGCUGGAGGCCGCCAUCCUCAGCGGCUGGAGGAACUUCUGGCAGUCGGUGGGCAAGGAGAGGGCAGCGCCGAGGGCCUCCCAAGAGGAGGCGGACGAGGAGGCCAGUACCCUGACGCGGCUGCCGAUUGACGUACAGCUAUAUAUUUUGUCAUUUCUUUCACCUCAUGAUCUGUGUCAGUUGGGAAGUACCAGCCAUUAUUGGAAUGAAACUGUACGAGAUCCAAUUCUGUGGAGAUAUUUUCUGCUGCGGGAUCUUCCUUCUUGGUCUUCCGUUGACUGGAAGUCUCUUCCAGAUCUAGAAAUCUUAAAAAAGCCUAUAUCUGAGGUCACUGAUGGUGCAUUUUUUGACUACAUGGCAGUCUAUAAAAUGUGCUGUCCAUAUACAAGAAGAUCCUUGAAAUCUAGCCGUCCUAUGUAUGGAGCUGUCACGUCAUUUUUACACUCCUUGAUCAUUCAGAAUGAACCACGAUUUGCUAUGUUUGGACCAGGUUUGGAAGAACUGAAUACAUCUUUGGUGUUGAGCUUGAUGUCUUCUCAGGAGCUUUGCCCAACAGCUGGCUUGCCUCAGAGGCAGAUUGAUGGUAUUGGAUCAGGAGUCAGUUUUCAGUUGAGCAACCAACAUAAAUUCAACAUCCUGAUAUUAUAUUCCACUACCAGAAAGGAAAGAGAUAGAGCAAGAGAAGAACAUACAAGUGCUGUUAACAAGAUGUUCAGUCUACAGAAUGAAGGAGAUGAUCAGCAAGGAAGCCGGUAUAGUGUAAUUCCACAAAUUCAGAAGGUGUGUGAAGUUGUUGAUGGGUUCAUCUAUGUUGCAAACGCUGAAGCUCAUAAAAGACAUGAAUGGCAAGAUGAAUUUUCUCGUAUUAUGGCAAUGACAGAUCCAGCUUUUGGAUCUUCAGGAAGACCUAUGCUGGUUUUAUCUUGUAUUUCUCAAGCAGAUGUAAAAAGAAUGCCUUGUUUUUAUUUGGCUCAUGAGCUGCGUCUAAAUCUUCUGAACCACCCAUGGAUGGUCCAGGAUACAGAGGCUGAAACUCUAACUGGUUUUUUGAAUGGCAUUCAGUGGAUUCUUGAAGAAGUAGAGUCUAAGCAUGCAAGAUGAUCCUUCUUUUAGACCUUGAGAACUGAAACCAUUUGAAACCUGUUACUGAGGUCAUGAUGUGGAUAUUUGCUCAGUCAGCUUAUUUUGUCCUGCCUUUUUGCAGGUGGGCUUUAUGU